UCAUGGCAAGAUCAGUUGUGAAAAUGAAGACAAUCUUGCUGCUGUGCGUUGCUGUGUUUGCCCUGGCCCAGGCCGGUAAUACCGACAUUUAUUGGUCAACUGUGAGGCCAUUGUGGGAGAUCCCAUCAUGGCAGGAGACCCAUCCUAAGCUUAUGGAAAUUGUGGAAGCGCACAAGGAACUACCACAGAUUCAGUACGGACCAGGAGGACGCAUUGUUGGCGGAACUUAUGCCCAGCCUCAUCAGUUCCCCUACCAAGUUGGUCUGAUCCUUCACUUGGACGGUGGCAACGGCUUCUGCGGAGGUUCCCUGCUGUCUAAAAAUUACGUCAUGACUGCUGCUCAUUGUCUGGAUGCUGCUGGUUCGGCUAUUGCCAUCCUGGGAGCUCAUCAUGUGUUCGAGAACGAACCCACCCAGCAGCGUAUCUUCUCUCCGGGCAGUUCCUUCAGGCUGUAUCCCAACUGGGAUGCUUCCCUCGUUCGCAACGAUCUGGCCACUCUGCGCAUGGAGAACUCAGCUGAGUACAUUCCAGGCCUCGUUAACAGCGUUCGUCUGCCCAACUUCCGUCAGAUCGAUGUAGACUUUGCCGGUCAGAUGAGUAGCAUCAGCGGCUGGGGACGCUUCAAUGACUCCAGCAACGAACUCUCCCCAACUCUUCGCUAUGUACGCCUGCCCAUCAUGACCAACCUGGCCUGUACCCUCCGCUGGCCUGGAAUCAUUCAGCCCUCCAACAUCUGCGCCGAUGGAGCCAACGGUGGUCCCUGCAACGGAGACUCUGGUGGACCAGUGAGCGUCAUUGAAGCUGAUGGAGUCACAACUCAAGUGGGUAUUGUGUCCUUUGGACUGGCUCUGGGAUGUGAACUCAACUGGCCCAGUGCCCAUGCUAGAGUCACAUCCUUCCUCGAGUGGAUCGACGAGAACACCGACCACGAGAUCCGCGAAAACUGGUGAUCAGUUCCUUUCUCAUCCCUUCCCGAAUUGAUUAUGCAAUAAAAAUCACCUAAAUUGCAAAAAUGUCUCCCUGUCUCAACCCAAUGGACAAAGCCAAAUAAUGUCACCAUCGCGAUAAGAUAGGCAUGAACAUUUUACCUGGAUCCAAAGGUAGAUUAUUUCGCAGCUUCAGGGUGCUCGAGUUCUCUUGGAAUAAAUAAAUUUAAAAGCAACAGAAACCA